AUGUACAUUCCUCGUCCUCACGCAAGCAGGCGCAAAUUAGGCCGACGAAAGGGGGGUGGCGGGGGCGGAAAGAGCAGCGGUAGUAAGGGAGACCAUGACGGUGGUGGAGAGGAGGGCGGCUCGAGCAGUGGUGGAAAAGUAUCAAGCGGCGGCAGCGGCGAGGGGCAGUCUGCCUCUCGGGGGUCUUCCGUACCCGUAGUAUUGUCCGGUGGACCUGUACCGGGCAGAAGCGGAAGUACGACCGCGAGUGCGUACGGCGCCGGAGACAACCGGACCGUCGUUAUACCCCCAGGACAGGCUUUCGCGGGGAGGAGCGCGGGCGGCGGGACGCGCGCUGACAUCUAUGGAACACGCACUUAUGGGAGUGGCUAUCCUGGUAUUUCAGCCCGCGGAGUCGAUGGACGGGGAUUACCUUUCUACUUCUGGCCCGUGGUUUGGGGCGGGGCGGUGGGAUACGGUGCAGAGUACCUGCACGACAACGAAUAUGGAGAACCCAACAAUUCCAGCCGCCCGGGCGGUUCGAUGUACGACAUGACCCUGCAAUCCGUGUCGGGAAACACGACCGUCCACGUCCUCGCUGACAACACGACCGUCACCUCCCUCGCCUCCUCCAUCGUAGUCAAUUGCUCCUCCUUCCUUACACUGGACUCAGAUCUCGCGGUGCCCGUGCCGUACAACGACUCCUCGCCCAUCUCCCCCAAACCGGAACAAGCGAUCCAGUACUACCGCGCGAGCAGCAUCGUGCUCAUGCUGGACGGGUACAACGACACCGCCGCGCUUCUCGACAACGCGAGCAUGCCGGACGCGCCCGUGCCGAGCUGGGCGAACGGGAUGUUCCUGACAUGCGUCAACGAGACGAUUGGGGCGGCCGCGCCGCUGGUGGACCCGCAGUCUGAGGAUCGCGCAAUUGCUGGCGCGACGAAAGUGGGGUGGCCAGAUCAGCAUUUAACUGCGUUUGUCUGUCUGGUGUGGUUGUUGUGGACGUUGAUUUGA